AUGUUUAAGUGGGUUAUGCUUAGGCCGGCCACAGCGUCGCGCAGAACAGCAACAACAACAAUAAAGCGGCAGCUACUACUUUCCAACGCUUUAACAACUUUAAUAAUAAUUGGCGCAUUAUUUGUGCAGACAACAAGUGGAUUUAGAUCAUCAAUUGAAACCAAUGGCGCUGGUCGCAAACUAUUUGGCGGCUAUCGCAUUACCCCCAAGCACUGUCGUGCCACAAAGACGCUGCCCAGCUCAGAUCCGCGCUCCAAUGGCCCCACAAUCUGCAUGUUCAAUCACGAGUGUGCGCAGCGGGGCGGCGAGGUGGUGGGCGCCUGCAUGGACGGCUUUCUGUUCGGCGCCUGCUGUCAAAUACCCCAAACACAUGAGCUGGCCAGCACGCUAAUCAACGAGGCACAGAACGCGUAUCUGCAGCAGCAGCAGAAGCUGCAGCAACAGCAGCAGGCAGCGCAGUCUUCAUACGAAAGCUAUGGCGAGCAACAGCAGCAGCAGCAGCAGCAACAGCAACAAACGCUGAGCGACGAGCAGCCAGCGCAGCAAAUCUAUGAUCAGCAGAAUCUCAACAAAGUUUAUGAGCAGCUGGGCAGCACAGCGGGCAAGCCAACAAGCGUGGAGCAGCUGCUGAGCAGCAGCUCGACGGAGGCCACACACAGUCAAGAGUUUGAGCAGGAGGCAACGCUGCAGGCGCAGCUUCUAGACAACGAAGUGCCGUCGACGGAGCAGCCGCCCAACAUACAUGUGCACAAGCAUGCAGUGAAGAUCAACAGCUUCUCAGCGCCGCCCCAGAACGAUGACUUUGUGCUGCAGGUGCUGGCAACGCUGCCACCUGAGCAUGCGGAUGAAGUGCAGACUUUCACUACUGAAGUGCCCAACAAGAUUAACGGCAACUCGGAGCAGAGCAGCAGCGAGUCGAGCUCCUUUGAGGAGCCAACAGCUACAACGCCCAAGUCGCAGCCCAAGGCAACACCAAAGCCCAAGCCCAAGCCGCAGCAGCAGCCACAGCUGGCCGAGAGCAUGAAGCGUCCAGUGCAGCAGCAGCCCAAGCCCAAACCCAAGCCUGCCAAUAUGCAUCAUCAUAAUCAUUUGAUACUCGAGGGCAAUGAGUUUACACACAGCGAUAUAACGCAUCCAGGCGCAGAUGCGGAUUUGGUUGAGGAUCUGCAGUUCAGCACGGGCUAUGGCCCACAGCCUGUGUAUGCGCAGCCGCCACAGCAGCAGCAGCAGCAGCAGCCAGCGAGUGCCGCCACUACAGUCUCUUCCAUAACCACGCAUGUGGACUCCAUUGAGUCGAUCAUACUGCAGCUGAACAACAGCAGCCAUGGACCCAGCUACAAUGUAGUGAGCCAGCAGACUGCCAGCUAUGCGAGCAGCACUGCGCCACCGCUAGCUAGCUACAGCUAUCAGAGUCAGGAGCAGAGCAGCGAAAAGUCUACAGAGGAUUAUGCGUAUACAACCAGCGCCAACUAUGAGCCGCAGUACGAUAGAGUUUCGGCAGAGCAGUCGGCGGAGCUGCCCACGCAGGCAAGCAACUAUGCGGAGGAAACGCUGGAGGAGCACACAAUGCCCGCCAGUGGCUACAAUGAUGCUAGCGCAGCGGGCAAUACGCAAACUGCAGAGUUCAACAAGAUGCCAGUGAUGGGCAUUGCUUAUCCUGUGGACAUGAGCUACAUAGGUGAGGGCGAAGCUGAGAGCGACUAUGCGCAAGUGAGCGCCAGUGGCAGCCAGGAAGCCAACACUGAGCAGAGCUAUCAAAAGAUAACCAAUACGUAUACAGAGCCACCAGCAGAGCCAGCGCCAGCGCCAUCACCUGCUUAUGUGCGUCCACAGCGUCCGGUAGCCUCUUACAUAGGCAUGGUCACCAUGCAGCAUUACAACGAUGCGCUGCCCGCCGAGGUUUCAGUAUCCUCGCAUACAACCAAAGUGCAGGAGCAGUAUGCUACGGAUAAUGCGCCCAGCUACAGUGAAACCUCGCCCAGCAGCACCACAGCCACGCGUCCUGCGCUUAUAACUGCCAGUCCCAAGCCACGCCCCAAGCCAAGCAGCAAGCGUCCAUUGAUUCGUAAGCCAGCGCCAGCAAGCACUGCGCCCAAGCAGCCCAGCAGCAGCAGCUACGCUGAGCCGCCCACACGUCGUCCAGCCAGUCCCAGCUAUGAUACACCGCAGUCGCCAGUGACGCACAUACAAGUGAAGCAGCCAGCAGAGGCAGCGUAUCCACAGCCAGCAGCGCCCACGCCCAGUUACGAGCCACCCACAGCAGUUAGCGCCGUCGCGCCCACUUACGAGCUGCCGCAGCCCGCUGGUCUAGGCUAUAGCGACGCCACACGCAAACCUGCGAGCGCUGGCAAGCCCAUCUCCACCAGCUAUGUAACCGGACCCACUACGCCGCGUCCACCCGCCACUGUUGACUAUCAUUACGACAAAGUGCCGCCGCUCUUCAUGGCCGACGACAAGCUGGACGCAUUCAUACAAAGCACAGCUGAGAACAUUAUUGGCAGCACGCCCAGCAGCAAUGGCUAUCCACCACUUUUCGCCACCGCUUCGACGCCGCUGCACAUACAAGCGCCCACCAGCAACUAUCAGAAGCCCAGCUUUGUGCAAAUCUCUGCAGCAGCCAAGCCCACCAAGGCCACAGUGCUCAUAACACCAAAGCCCACGCAUAUUAACAUCUUUACUGAGGAUGUAACGCGUCGUCCGGCCAAUGACUUUGAGGAUCCGGGCUACUUUGGCAUGGGCAGCAGCAGUACAGCGCAGCAUGCGAGCUACAGCAGCACCGAGGCCAUGUAUGGCGUGCCCGUGGAUGACAAGCCUGCGUUCCCUGGUUACUAUGGACCCACGCCCACUUAUCCUGCCUUUGCUGUGCCUGGCGAGAAAGUAGUGCAGCCACUUGCAGAUGAAACCUACACAUCGCCCAAUGACUUUGUUAACUUUCCGCCUGUGCGCAAUCCUAAUCUCAAUAUGUCUGCUGCCGCCAGCGCUGUCACAAGCGAUCUGGAGCUGUCCACACCCGCUUUUGUGGAGGACGGCGUGCUUAAGGACAAAAUGCAUACGCUGGUGCACAAGCUGGUGGCCUCGCUGCAAGGCAACUUUGAAGCGCUCGCCGAUAUGAUUGAUGAUGCCAACAACACCGCUGGCACUUACGCCGCCAGCACUGUGAGCAAUGCAAACCGUAAGACCACACGCAAGCCUGUGAAGCUUGCGAGCACCAGCAAGCCCAAGGUCAGCACCAAGAAGCCAGCAACGCGUGUAACCACCAAGGCGCCCAACAAGCGCAUCUCCGCCAGCACUACACGCAAACCCGCCAUCAAGCGCACCACUGUCGCCAGCACGCGCCGUCCCAGCUCCAAGAAGCCCACCAAGCGUGUCAGCACCAUCAAAACCACAGCGCGUCCAGCUACCAACGAUGAGCUCAUUGACGAGCAGGACGAGGAGGAUGUUAAUCCCAAUGCGCAUGACAAUGAAAUCGAUCAGGGCACCAUCAGUGGAGCCUACGGCGGCGGCGGUUCACGCAAGAUACAAUGCGGUAUGCGUCCCCAUGUCAAGUCCGGCCGCAUUGUCGGCGGCAAGGGCUCCACCUUCGGCGCCUUUCCCUGGCAAGUGCUCGUACGCGAAUCCACCUGGCUGGGCCUCUUCACCAAAAACAAAUGCGGCGGCGUUCUCAUCACCAGUCGCUACGUCAUCACCGCUGCUCAUUGUCAGCCAGGCUUCCUGGCCUCGCUUGUCGCUGUCAUGGGUGAGUUCGACAUCUCCGGCGACUUGGAGAGCAAGCGUGCCAUCACCAAGAAUGUCAAGCGAGUCAUUGUGCAUCGUCAGUACGAUCCGGCGACGUUCGAGAACGAUCUGGCGCUGCUCGAAAUGGACAGUCCCGUCACCUUCGACACACACAUAGUGCCCAUUUGCAUGCCCAACGAUCAGGCGGACUUCACGGGUCGCAUGGCCACCGUCACCGGCUGGGGACGCCUCAAGUACGGCGGCGGUGUGCCCUCGGUGCUGCAGGAGGUGCAGGUGCCAGUUAUCGAGAAUAGCGUUUGCCAGGAGAUGUUCCACACCGCUGGACACAACAAGAAGAUACUUGGCUCGUUCCUCUGCGCUGGCUAUGCCAAUGGACAAAAGGAUUCCUGCGAAGGCGACAGCGGCGGUCCUUUGGUGCUGCAACGUCCGGACGGACGCUAUGAGCUGGCGGGCACCGUAUCCCAUGGCAUCAAGUGUGCGGCGCCCUAUUUGCCCGGCGUCUAUAUGCGCACCACAUUCUACAAGCCUUGGUUGCGCAGCAUAACGGGCGUUAAAUAGGCCACGCCCACUUUCAGCAAACAACGUCGCCGUCGUCGUCAUCGCCCAGCAACUGUAAAUAGCAAUAGAGUUAGAGAAGAAAAGUGGCCAGCUUGACAGCUUGAGCUUUUAAAUAAUUCAUAAA